AUGGGUUGUGGUGAAGAUGAUGAUACAGGUGUACAAGAAGAACUAAAGAAGUUAGCAAUCAAUGAUCAUGACUCUGCUUCACCAGAAAUUGUUUCAAAGAAUGCUGAUACUCAAGACAGUCCAACUGGAGAAGUAAAUGACAGUGAUGCCACUAUUCCUAAUGAUCUUCCAAGAAUCUCGAAAUUUGUCCAGAGCCAUCCCAGGGAGCUUAUAAUUGGUGAUCCAUCUGAAAAGGCUAGAGAUGAGGACAUUGAAAUUGUGGACCCAUCUACUAAGGCACCUAAAAAGAAGAUUGUGACCCGUGGUGGUAAAGUGAAGCAAACUGCCCAAAAAAAAUUGGUUUCUCCAACUGCUGAACCAACUGAUGAGCAGAUGGAAGAGCAGAACCCUGAAGAAAACACAAUUGGCGGAAAUGAGGAACCAGAGCGGGCUAUCCAGGGUGAUGAAACUAAUGAAGGAAACACUGCUGAGAAUCAGCAAACACUUGAACCCUCCACCAGGAAGUUUCCAAGGACAAGAUCUGAGACUCAAAAUGUGGAGGCAUCCGCCACACAAAUCUCGAAAGAGAAACGCUCUGGAAAGACUCCAGAGACUGUGGCUGAGUCUAGAAGGAAAAACUUUCAUGAAACACCUGUCACUCCUAGGACUACUCGUGAUCAGUCAGAUUAUGUCUCUCCUUUCACUAUUCAUCCUAGAAAGUCUGCCAGCAAGUCUUUUUCUUCCAAUUCUGAGGUCAUCUCCCUGCUUGAAAACCUUAAACAACAUAUUAUGCUUAUUGAAGAUUGUCUCAUGAUGACCAUGUCUCCUGCCCAACAAUCUUCUUUCAUUGAAAAAAGAAACCUUCUUGUGCCUCUUGAACCUAAAAACAAUGAAAAUACCUAUCAGAAAGAGCUAAGAUCUGAGCCCAUAGGGCCAACUACUGGUACUGAAGCCACACCAACUUUCAGCUCUCAGCCUAAGGAUAAAGGCAAGGCUCCAGCUACUGAGGAGGCAUAUGAAGAAGACGAUGAAGAAACUGAGGAAGAAGUGGAUCCUGAAUAG